UCUCUCUCUCUCUCUUUUCUUCAAAUGUUCAUCAUUCAUCGGCAAUAGAGGCAAGCCGUCGACCGUCCAUCUUUCUCUCCCCCUCUGCAACAGAGGGAAGGGCUGUUGGCCCUUUCCCCUUUCUUUUUGGGCAAAGGUUUCUCCUCAUUCGGCCCUUUGCAACUUUAUACGCUACUGGACAAGAGAUAUAUAAAGGGCUGCCCUCUUAUCAACGCCAUUCUCAACAAUGGAGCCGAAACUGUAGAUGGCAGAAAUAAGGAGGAAAACAGCUAGGAAAGGUUUCUCUGGAAGCAGGAGCCUCGCUGGGAUCUGGGGUCCAUUUGUGCAGAACGACAGAUCCGGACUUCAUCACCUGAGUUUGAUGGCUUCGAAUCUUAGAUCAUGGGCUGAAUCCGAUCCCCAUGAAGGCUUCUUUAAAAAAGUCGGAGCUCUCUCGCAGAAUGCAGCCAGCCGUGACCGAAGGACUCCAUGUUCCGACAACCGAAGGCAUCUCCGAUGAGUUACCAUUGCCAAUGACGUCAUGUUCAGGCAAGUCGCUAGCUAUCUCUCUGAGCCGGAAAAUGAGGCUGGAUAUAAGGGCUUGGACGCCCUUUUUCUGGCCGGGAAAAGAGGUCUCCAACCCCCCUGUCUCUCUAUUUCUCAAUCUGUGGGCCAAGGCCGGUGGUUUCAAUCAAAAAAAAAAAGCCAGCAAUGUCAUCACUCGUCUGCGGUUUGAGUUUUUUUUUUUUUCAAAAACUGAAGGUUAAUCCUUUCUUAAAACCCUCGGCAAUGGUUGAAUGUUCUCUUUUUUUGUCAAACCCUCGACCAUUCUCCAGAGUUUAUUUAUGCUCUCAGAUUCUCGGCAAUGGUGAAGGUUUUAUUUGUUUUUCUUAAAACCCUUGAGGGUUCGAUUUUUUCUCGAAUCCUUGGCCCUAGUCGAGGGUUUAUCUGUGCUUUCAAACCAUUGGCAAUGGUUUGUUCUCUUUCUUUUGCAGAGAAAGGGAGAAGAGUACUACUAAACAAUGUGGUGGCAGCGGGUAAAGAGCACCGCCACGACCUUUUCCGCAAAGAUGAAAUCUGGAUGGAAUACAGAUCUCUCCACAGAUCCGAGGUCCGACUGGACAUCUAUAGCUCCCAAACUAUAGCUCUCAAAGAGCUCGUACAACAGAAGAAUGAGCACCACCGCCGCUACCACCACCACCACCACGAGUAAUGGAGGCCCUUGUUACGUAAUUGCCAUGAAAGGGCACCCUGGCAGCGGGAAAUCCACAUUGGCAAGCGCCAUCGCCGCCGACCUUCGGUGCCCUCUGCUGGACAAGGACGACAUCCGGGACUGCACCGCCGCUGUGCAGGCCGCGAUCCCCGACACAACUACAGCAGCCGGUCUCUGCAACGAGCUCUCCUACUCGGUCCUCUGGAAGCUGACAGAGACACAGCUGCGACUGGGGCUCGGCAUCGUCGUCGAUUGCCCUCUUUCCCGUCGCCGGCACUUCGAUCGGGUCUCGCAGGUGGCGACUGCCGCCGGCUCGCGCCUGCUGGUCGUAGAAUGCCGGCCCGGUGAUGCCGCGGAGUGGAGGAGGCGGCUGGAGCGGCGCGGCUCCGAGGAGCGCGCCACGGAUGUGUUCCGGCACAAACCGGCGACGUGGGAGGAGCUGCAGGGGCUGGUGGACGGGUACGAGGGGUGUUGGGACUACAACACGAAUCCCGUCCCCAAGUUGGUCGUUGAUACAACGGCGCCUCAUGGGCCACUUGAUGCUGUCUCGGUGGUUCGCCGGUGGGUGAAUACCGGAAAUCUCGAUUGAAAGGUAACCAUGGCUUUGAUUUCUUUGGGGGUCCUCGAAACUUCUCAUUUCAGUGAUCAAUCCACCAUUUGGGCCGUCCAAUAUCUUUAGAUAUUUCUGGCGGACUUCAGAUUUGCUGCGUAGCGUGAUAGUGAAGUACUCUCUCUCUUGUGGAAAUGAGUUAAUAUAGUCUUGUGCUUUUCAUGUUUC